AGCAUUUAAACUGUGUGACGUUGUUUCUCACCAGAUUCAAACUGUUGCAUAGUGAGUUGGACAAAAUGGCGCAGUUUGGGUUAGAGAACGAUAUCCACAGUAUCUUGAAGCUGGACAUGCCCAUCACAAACGCUCCUGUGGCGAGGUGGCAGAGGAAGACCAGCUCCUCCAACAACUCUGGGCUUAGCUGUUUGACUCCGGGAAAAUCUUCCAAUGUGUCGCUGAGUUCCUCCAAAACACCGAGCAAAACUCCAGGCAAAGGAAAAAAAACACCUUCCAAGGUUGGUGCUGACCGCUUCAUUCCCACCAGAAACAGUAACCAAAUGGAUGUGGCAAGUUUCCUGCUCACAAAGGAGAAUGAGCCUGUGGACCCAAACAAUACAACAUCGGAAAACCAGAAAGCCUGGUCUGUCUCGUUAAAUGGGUUCAACAUUGAAGACGCAAAGAUCCUGCACCUUGGAGGGAAACCACUGAAUGCACCAGAAGGCUAUCGAAACAACUUGAAAGUCCUCUACAGUCAGGUUGCGACUCCUGCCUCAGUCAAGAAGACAAGAUACAUAAGUUCAACUCCUGAGAGAAUCUUGGAUGCUCCUGACCUUCGAAAUGAUUUCUAUUUGAAUCUGCUUGAUUGGAGCAGUCGGAAUGUUCUUGCUGUGGCUCUUCACAACAAUGUUUAUCUGUGGGAUGCCACUCAAGGAGACAUCACUCUUCUUAUGAAAAUGGACCGGGAAGAGGACUACAUCUGCUCAUUGUCCUGGACCAAAGAGGGAAGCUACCUGGCUGUCGGCACCAGUGAUUCCACAAUUCAGUUGUGGGAUGUUGAUAACCAGAAGCGUUUACGUAGCAUGGGUGGCCACACAGCUAGAGUUGGGAGCCUGAGCUGGAAUGACCAUAUUCUUUCCAGUGGCUCCAGAUCAGGGAACAUUCACCAUCAUGAUGUGAGGGUUGCAAACCAUCAUAUCACCACAAUCAAUGGUCACUCGCAGGAAGUGUGUGGGCUGAAGUGGUCUCCAGAUGGGCGGUACUUGGCCAGUGGGGGCAAUGACAACUUGGUGUGUGUGUGGCCCCGUGUGCAGGAUGGAAGCGCCAGCAACGGGAGCCAGGCGGUCCACUGCUGGAGCGAACACCAAGGAGCUGUGAAGGCUUUAGCCUGGUGUCCAUGGCAGCCAAACAUCCUGGCAUCUGGAGGUGGUACCAGUGAUCGUCACAUCCGAAUCUGGAAUGUAAACAGUGGCUCCUGCAUCACUUCACUUGACACUCAGUCCCAGAUCUCGUCACUGGUGUUUGCGCCCAAUUAUAAGGAGCUGGUCUCUGCCCAUGGUUAUGCCCACAACAACGUUGUAAUCUGGAAGUAUCCAACACUCACCAGAGUCGCAGAGCUCAAUGGCCACGAGGACAGAGUUCUCAACUUAACUCUGAGCCCAGACUGCUCCACCGUUGCAACUGUUGCAGGAGAUGAAACCAUUCGCCUGUGGAAAAGCUUUGAAGUUGACCCUGUUAAGAAGGCCAAAGAAAGGAUGGUUAAAUCAACUGGUGGUACAUUUCAUCAUUCAAUCCGAUAAAUAAUUUUUUUUAACUUGAGGUUUUUUGGGUCUGUUCUGAAAUGAAAUUGCACAAAUAUUUUAUCUAAUUCGCAAUAAAGAUUUCCACCCAGUGUUUUAGCCAUCGUCGACAUCUUACUGCUCCUGUCUGUAUUAUUUAUACAGGUCUACAAAUGUUGUAAAGCAAAAUUGGGUGUUUGCUCAACUUGUGUGUUCUGCAACUGUAUUUAUAACCUUCAUUCAGCUUGCUUUGUAAUGGGAUGCCUUUUUAAAUCCUGAACUGGGCUACAAAUAAAUUGUUUGAUUGCAUAACUAA